GAGCUUCUAACUCAAACGCAACUCUACUCAGAGUUCUUGCUGGAAAAAAUGGAUGAAAUCACUUGUAAUGGAGUGCAGCAGGAGAGCGAACCAGCUGUGAGAAAGAGAGGUCGUGGCCCAAAAAGAAAAGCUGCUGCACAAUAUAAUUCUGUAACACUUCCUCUGCUUCUUUACUUUGUUCAUGAAUUACUCAUGAGGAAGUUAACAAUUGACUUACAAUUUUUUCUUUAGAGACUAUAUGUACUGCCUGUUGAGUGUUAUUCUUAAGUGAUCAACAUCAUUAGACUCCUUAGUUUUUAGGGGUUCCAAGCAUAAUUAUGUUGGCAUCUUGUAAGGUUAUGGAACCAAAGCAGCCCGAGGGUGUAAGAAAUUCAGGUAUUUAUUAGAUUAGGGGUGUUGCAUAUGCUUAAUAAGCUUCUGAGCCAGGUAAAGCCAAGUAAAGAUGAAAAUAGUGGAUAAUUAACUUGGUUUUUCUCCUUCUGAUCAAGUGUCUGGAUGCAUUUUAAGGUCCUUGAUAAUUGAAAUAUCAUGAUGCUGCUGCUGCAACAUGUUCUCAGAGGAAAGCCAAGAGGGCUGUUGCUGCAAUGCUGACAAGAUCUAAAGAAACUGAAAACCAUGAAGAUACAAGUCUGUCCGAGGAAGAAAGCCUUGAGAAAGAGCAGAGUGAGCUGGUACCUUUGUUGACUGGUGGGAAGUUGAAGUCCUAUCAAAUCAAAGGUGUGAAAUGGUUGAUUUCCUUGUGGCAAAAUGGGCUCAAUGGGAUCCUUGCUGAUCAAAUGGGACUUGGAAAAACUAUACAAACAAUUGGUUUCCUUGCACAUCUAAAAGGGAAUGGGUUGCAUGGUCCAUAUUUAGUAGUUGCUCCUCUUUCUACUCUCUCAAAUUGGGUAAAUGAGUUUUCAAGGUUUGCACCUUCUGUAAAUGCAAUUAUCUACCAUGGUGACAUGAAACAAAGGAAUGAGAUAAGGAGUAAAUACAUGCCUAGAUCUAUUGGGCCCAAGUUUCCCAUUAUUGUUACUUCUUAUGAGAUUGCAUUGUCAGACUCGAAAAAGUAUUUGAGACAUUACAAUUGGAAAUAUCUUGUGGUUGAUGAGGGGCACCGGUUGAAGAACUCAAAGUGCAAAUUGCUUAAGGAAUUGAAACGCUUGCCUAUAGAAAAUAAGCUUCUACUAACUGGGACACCUCUGCAGAACAAUUUGGCUGAGCUUUGGACACUGUUAAAUUUCAUUUUGCCUGAUAUUUUCCAAUCCCAUGAUGAAUUUGAGUCAUGGUUUGAUCUGUCAGGAAAGACUAAUGGUGAAGCAUUGAAGGAGGAGCUGGAAGAGAAGAGAAGGGCGCAGGUGGUAGCUAAACUUCAUGCCAUAUUGCGUCCAUUUCUUCUCCGGAGAAUGAAGGCUGAUGUUGAGCAGAUGCUCCCUCGGAAAAAAGAGAUAAUUUUAUAUGCUACCUUGACUGAGCAUCAAAAGAACUUUCAGGAUCAUUUAAUUAAUAAGACUUUGGAGGGUUAUUUACGAGAGAAGGUGGAUACAGGACGUGGUAUGAAAGGGAAGCUCAACAAUUUGAUGAUUCAGCUGCGGAAGAACUGCAACCAUCCUGACCUACUAGAGUCGGCUUUUGAUGGCUCAUGGUUCUACCCUCCUGUGGAACAGAUAGUUGAGCAGUGUGGCAAGUUCAGGUUGCUGGACAAAUUGUUGAAUAGGCUAUUUGAACUUGAGCAUAAAGUCCUGAUAUUUUCUCAAUGGACUAAGAUUUUGGACAUAAUGGACUAUUAUUUUAGUGAAAGAGGUUAUGAAGUUUGUAGAAUUGAUGGCAGUGUGAAGUUGGAUGAAAGGAAAAGACAGAUUCAGGAAUUCAAUGAUGUGAAUAGCAACUAUAGAAUAUUUCUUCUCAGCACUAGAGCUGGCGGAUUGGGUAUCAACCUCACUGCAGCCGAUACCUGCAUACUAUACGACAGUGACUGGAACCCUCAAAUGGAUCUGCAGGCCAUGGAUAGAUGCCACAGAAUUGGCCAGACCAAGCCUGUUCAUGUUUACAGACUUGCAACAGCUCAGUCCGUUGAGGGUCGCAUUUUGAAAAGAGCAUUUAGUAAGCUGAAGCUUGAGCAUGUGGUCAUAGGUAAGGGGCAGUUUCAUCAAGAAAGAAUGAAGUCUAAUGCCAUGGUUGAUGUGGAGGAAGAGGACAUACUAGGGCUGCUUCGAGAUGAAGAAACUGCUGAAGACAAGUUGAUACAGACAGAUAUCAGUGAUGAGGAUUUAGAACGGGUACUGGAUCGCAGUGACCUGAUUGGAUGCCCAGUGGAUGACAAAGAAAAUGAUGCUCCAGUUGGCUCUUUCCCCCUCAAAGGACCUGGUUGGGAGGUGGUAAUACCAACUGCAACUGGGGGCAUGCUCUCCACCCUUAGCAGUUAAUGAGUUGCUUUAGACAUUUAGUGGAUUGGAAUUGAAAUGGCUAUGUAGGUUUCGGAUGUUUUGCCAUUUUGCUUUUGAUCUCGGAAGGAGGUUUGCUUUCCUUCUAAUUUUUGGGAGCUAUUUGUCACGGGCACAGUGGUCCUCAAGUGUUGCCACCAAUUAUAACCUCCCUUAGCAGCCAAUUUGGGCUUCCGCUGGAGGUACAAUUGGUGGGACGGCAUAUUGCUCUAGGAAAGCCUUCCAUUUUGUAAAGGGUUGUAAUUAUUUAGUAGGAGAGCUGAUCUUAAAUUAAUCUAAUGUAUCUUCAUCAUGAUAUACAAUUUGAGAAUCUUGAAAGU